GCACCCACCCACGGCCACGCCGUACACAGACAUGAUUUUCUCUGCCAGAAAAUAUACCAGGCUAGGCUGUAGAUCUACUGACCCUGUCUGCAUGGUCUGUGUGCAAGUAAGUUCUGCUCGCGCUCCCACUGGCACUGCUCAUUACUGGACAAACUGGUUGGUCCACCGUCUAGUACUGGAUUUUGCACGCACGUCCUCCACGGCAUGUAGUCUAUUGUAGAUCGACGAACUGUACCGCCGCCACGCGGUAGGCCGUUGGCUUGAUCGACUGGCGGCAUGGCGGGCAGACCGCGCGCCAUUCUCUUCUUCUUCUUUUGCUUGUACCCGCAUACCCCACUAUCCCCAGCUGUACUGACCCACGGUCAGCCAGUUCAACUCAGUGCCAGUUGUGUCCUCGGAACGACGACUGCUAAGUCUUGUUGGACGUGAACCAAUCAGUCCAAUGUUAUGAAAGUCCCAGUUUUACUUAGUUGUACCAGUUUGACGUCUCAACACUGGAUGAAAUCACUGCUCUAAUUGGAUACUUCGGCUGCCGCGGCCGUUCAGUGACUUGGUUCGACGCGCUGACGUCGGUCAAGCCUCUAGUUGAGGCUUUGUCCACAGUACCUUCAACUAAGAAAUUCUCAUGAAGCAUAAACGGACGAUUAUCGUUCGCUAUUCAAACAAAAUAUCUAUCACGGCAUUGUCCCGCUUUGAUACAAAUACUGUGGAGAGCGAGUUGGAAUAUACUAUUAUAACGGGAUGGAACGAGAGGUGGAAGCACCGCAGAAAAAAAGUGCAGUACGAUCUGAGAAGGAUGCUGAUCAUAGAAGAAAUCCCGGAGUCCCUCUUGGCCAGCCAGGACGAGUGGUUGGCCUUCCUGCUGUUAUUGAUGGCCUAACAACAAAGCACGUCGAGCAUUACGUUUGCCCUGCCUGCCAGCUUCUUCUUCGCGACCCCGUGCAAGCCAGCUGCGGGCAUCGCUUUUGCAAACGGUGCUGUCACUACCUUAUAGAACAAGGGGAUGGGAACUCGGGCAAAUGCCCAAUAGAUGGGAAUAUCAUUACAAAGGAUAAGAUAUUUAAGGACAACUAUGCCACGAAAGAGAUGGGAGAUCUGCGCGUGCUUUGCUCAAGCAAGCGCUAUACCAAAACUGAUCAGGACUGGUGUCAAUGGCGGGGUGUCCUGCGGGAUUUUGAGGAACAUGAAAAGGACUGUGAAUACGUGCGAGUGGCCUGCACGGAAUGCGGCGAGCCCGUCAGCCGACAAUCACUCGUCCCACAUAAAAUGCAAUCCUGCCCGUAUCGGCAAGCCAGGUGCAGCCACUGCAAUGCCGAUAUGAUAUGGAAGGAGUUAAAGCCGCAUCAGGAGAAUACCUGUGAAGAGAUCCUAGUGCCUUGUCCCAACAACUGCACUGCCCAGCCCUUUGCCAGGAAGUCGCUUGAGGCUCAUCUCAAAACCUGCCCGCUGCAGGUCGUCAACUGUUACUACAAUGCUAGCGGCUGCGAAUUCAAGGGUCCGAGGAAGGAUCUACGCGUUCACCACGAUAGCAGCCUGCAAUAUCACCUUCAGCUCGUCGAGCGCACUGCCUCGGAAGCCAAGGCACAGGCGUCCACUACUAGUCAAUCUUCCUCUACCAGCAGCAAGAUAGGCAAGCUUGAGCGUUCCGUGACGCAGCUGACAACGGUCAACAACCAGCAGGAAGACCUGCUCGCUACCCAGGCGCACAAGAUUACGACACAGGAGGCACAGCUCGCCGACAUGCAAAGCAUGAUGGAAGCCAUGCAGGCCUCGCUCGCCCAGCUCGCCCGCAGGUGCGAGCGCCUUGAGGAAAACAGUGACCAGCGUCCGGCCCCGUCCAGUGGCAGCCACAAGGCAUCAUCCGCUACCAUUCUGCAGCGUGUCGAGGAGAAUACUAGCCAUCUCACACGACUGGACAGGACGACUGCACUCCACGGCCUGCAGCUCUCUGACCAGUCGAUGCGCCAGGACAUUCUCGAAGUGCGUCGCCAGGACGGGGUCAUGCUCUGGAAGAUCAGCGACCUGGAGCGGCGCAAGCAGGAGGCGGUCAGCGGCAAAACGCCGUCGCUGUACUCGCCCCCGUUCUACUCCAGUCCGUGCGGCUACAAGAUGUGCCUGCGUGUUUACCUGAACGGCGAUGGGACCGGGCACGAAACGCACGUCUCGCUCUUCUUCGCCGUGAUGCGAGGCGAUUUCGACGGCCUGCUCCGUUGGCCGUUCCAGCAGAAGGUCACGCUCAUGCUGCUCUCGCAGAACUCGUUAGCGGCGGACGCCAGCUCGUCUCACAUCGUCGAGACGUUCAAGCCGGACAUGAACAGCUCCUCGUUCUAUCGUCCUGACUCAGACAUGAACGUGGCUACAGGAUGUCCUCAGUUUGCGCCGCUCUCCGCCAUCCAAGUCGGCAGCAGAUUCGUCAAGGAGAACAACAUCUUCAUCAAAGUCAGCGUCGACAAGAAUCACCUGAACGCGCCGGAUGAACCACACAAAACCACCAGAGGAGUUGGCUGAGGAAUGCACUUUUGGAAACAAAUCUCGGCAGGAUUAGUCCGAGUUCACUAGGAGGAUCGGCAUGGAUCACCAUGUGCAUGGUCUUCCCGUACUUCAAGCGCAACUGUUUAUCAAGUGGCAUAUCAGUCAUGUGCUUUCCAACGGCAAGUCACGUUGAAUGUUCUCCAUGGCUGCCUGGUGCAAUACAGCUACCCAUAUCUACGGCUAUGAAUCUGGAGGGACCCCUAUCUCGUAGGUAUCUACGGCUAUGGAUCUGGAGAGAGAGCACUGGGCAAUGGCCCCUGCCGCCGCUCCCAGCUACCAGGUGAUUCCAAUCCAGUCAGUGUGCGCUGAAUGGAGGUGCACGUCUCUCACGUGCAGUGCAAAGCAGUGUUUCCGGGCCACUGGCUUGGUGGCGUAUUGUGGCUGCUCCACUGCACUAUCUAGCGAUGGUAGAAACCACUGCAGUGGACAUGUCUGGAGUGGUUAGUUUGGUCUUGACAGGGUGCUUUGUGUGCACUGUGUGAGUGAAAGAGCAAGGGAGAGAGAGUGUGUGUGUGUGUGUUUGAGAGAGAAAGCAAGGGAGAGAGAGAGAGAGAGAGAGAGAGAGAGAGAGAGAGAGAGAGAGAGAGAGAGAGAGAGAGAGAGAGAGAGAGAGAGAGAAAGAGAGAGAGCCUCUAAGAGCCUCUGAGAGGGAAUGUGUGUGUGAUAAAGAGAGAAUGAAGACAGAGAGAUAAAAAGUGUGUGGGUGGGUGUUUGAAUUUAGCCAUGUUUGAGAAGUUGUACCAAAAGGAAGAGAUGUUUAGUGAGUGCCAUUGUUCCUCUAUUUCCUCCUAUGCCUGUACACAAUGCAUGCUGAAAUGUUGUAAAUACUUAUCUUUACCUUGUUUGACGCCUCUCGAUUUGAGUUGGAUGCCGAUUUUGAUUCGUUUUAUUCCAGUUGGCCUUGAUGAAUGAGAAUCCUGAUUCUUGAUCUUGAUACGUUUUUGAACCCUUACUUAAAUGCAGCCAUCUAUCUGGUCUCCAGACUUCAUGAAUAUUCUGGCCUAUUGAAUAUGCCAUUUUGUGCAUUGGUUAUUUUUCAUUUCCUUAACCACUCAAUACGCCAACUAUAUUCCCGAUUAUUCUGGCUGCUUUGUAUUUUGAAGUAGAGGUUAUCAGACAUUUGCGGAAUAGCUUCAUUCUAAGCGGUGGCUGGUGGUUAUCCAUUAGACUAUCUGUUCAAGGUUUUCAGUGGACGGAGCGGCUCAGCCUCGACGCUGCGCUGAGAAAUAUGCUUGAGGCAAUGGAUGGCGUCCUUCCUGUACCGCAUGCCCGGUUUUCACACGGAAUGAUCAACUGCGAUGUUUCCGUCUUAGGUCUAUCAUCAAUGAUGGAAUCUAGUGUGUGUAAUGAUGGCAUGAUCAUCCACCCAACACAGGCGUAUUGUAUAUCAGAGGCACUGUGGCCAUGAUCUCCAUAAUAUGGCUCUGCUGCACAUGGUCACUCUACACGUGUUUGCGUUCCAACAGAAUACCACCAUGAGUCUGUGCCGUAGUGUUGACAAUUGGCGAUACUGUAUUGUAUUGGCGUCAGUGCAUGCGUAAUUAUUUGACCUGGCUGCCAACCUAGCUUCUACAAUGACACUGUGUUGCAUGCAGUGAUUUUCAGUGCCGUCGAUCACCUAGAAUCCGCACCUACUUGUACGUAACACAUUAUGAUGUGGACGUUAUGCGGUCCUCUUUCCCAGCUUUCUCAAGUAUACACA